CCACCCCCCCCCCCUCCCCCUCUCUUUCCUGCUAUGGCUGCCACCCACGAGGAGACGGCCUCUGCGGCAGGUGCGAAUGGCCUCGCGGCCGAGCAUGCCACCACCGACCCCGACCACGACUCGGACAGCGACGCUGCCGAUGGCGCUACCCGCAAGCUGACGGGACGGGUGGUAGUGCAUGUGUACGAAGCGCGCAGAGUGAUGGACGGAGAGAAGGAACGGUCGCUGUUUGUCAAGAUCAAGUACCGCGGCAAGAAGGAGACGACCGAGACGGCGAACAAGUCGCGCGAGCCGCGGUUUGACUACCACGCGGCGUUCCAGCUGAAGGACGACGACAAGGACGAUGUUUUUACCUUUGAGGUGAUUGCGGACAAGACGCUGGGCAACUCGACGCUGGGCAUUGUCGAGUACAACCUCUCGCAGCUCGACGACGAUGCGGUGUCGACCGGGGCCAUCUGGCUGCCGCUCGUCUCGCGACCGGGCAAGGACGAUCCGGCGUGCGGCGAGCUGCGGAUCAAGAUUGCGCUGUCGAUGCUGCGGAUGACACUUGUGGAGGCGCGCGGGCUCAAGGCUGUGUCGUCCAACUCGGCGAGCCCGUACGGGUUCCUGCGGUACGACGGCAAGAAGUACCGGACGCCUGUGGUGAAGAAGUCGCUCUCGCCGACGUGGGAGGGCGCACAGAUGCUUGCCGAAGCGACGUGGAAGUUGCCGUUUGUGCUCGGAACGCACUUUGCCAAGCUCGAGAUGUGGUCCAAGGGCAUGCUCUCGUCGACGUUUCUGGGACAGGCCCGGAUCCGGGUGGCGGCGUACGACGUGCCCGACGGCGCGCCACCGGUCGACGUCUGGAUCCCGCUCCUCCCGCGCCAAGCCGACGAAGAGGUGAGCGGCGAGGUGCGGCUCCGGCUCGAGUCGCUGGAGCCGCCGGAGGAUCUGGCCCACACCUCACGCGAGGUGCCUGUCGACAACGCGCUCAACCACGGGACGACUCUCGCCGCAACGGUCGACGCGCUGCCCGAGUCGGAGCGGGCCAAGGCCAUGGUCGGCGAGCAGGUGGAAGUCGAGGUCCUCCGGCUGGAGAACGUGUCUGACUCGGCCAAGGUGGAUCCGUACGUUAUUGUGCGGUACGACGACGAGCGGUUCACCACGCAGGUGGCGCCGCGGCAGACGUCGCCGGCGUUCAACGAGCGGCACACGUUUACUCUAGGCAAGCUCUCGAAGAAGUUCCCGGAGCACGCGGUCAUCGGCGACGUGUGGGACCAGCACAAGAUCUCGGAUACCUUCCUGGGCCGGUUCAAGCUCGCGUUUGACCAGCUGCCGAUGGACGGGCGGUGGCUCGAGCUCAACGGGUUUGAGCUUCGCGGGCGGCGCGAGCGCCUGGCAAGCGGGCACGACCCAGACGAAGUCCAGGGCGCGGCAUGGAUUCGUGCGCGGCGGGCGGCUAUCAUGGUCGACAUCCUCCGCGCCUCCGAUUUGGCCGCCAAGGAUCGCAACGGUGCGUCAGACCCGUUUGUCGUCGCCUCGUACGGCGAGGACCAGUCGUUCCGGACCGCCGUCGUGCCCAAGUCGCUCAACCCGGUGUGGAACACCCCGCUCGCCUUUCGCUACGAGAUUGGGCACGAGAUCCUCCGCUUUGACGUGUGGGACAAAGACACGCUGAGCAACGACUACCUCGGCCACGUCGAGCUUCGCGUCGGCGACUUUACCGACGGCCGCCCGCACAAGGCCUGGUACAAGCUCGUCCGCCGCGACAUCGACGAGCUGGUCUCGGGCGAGAUCUGUCUCCAGGUCCAAUGCACCGCCGUCCCGACCCAUGCCUUUGACGUCGGCGCUGUCCGGAUCUGAUGGGCUUGUCUCAGCAUGCCCGCGAUACAUUGAUCUUGAUCUUGA